AUGGCUUCGGUAACAUUAGAUGCCUCUCUGGUCGAAUUGGCCCAUUCUUUACCGAUGGAAAAGGUGCCGGACAAACUUCACUGUGCCACUUGUCAAGAAAUCAAUCUCAACGCCUACAAAACCUCGUGUUGUGACGAGUCAAUUUGCGAGUCUUGUUUUACUCGCGCUUGCGACACCAGCUGUCCUAAAUGCGACCACAAGCCGUUCACUGCCGACACCUGCAAACAACACCGUUCUAUGCGAAACACAGUUAAGGCUUGGUUGAAGCUGCAACAGAAGGAAAAGGCAGAGGAACUGGCUAAGCCGGCUGUUGCCGACGAGACUCUACAAUCAACUUCAAGGCAAGAAAGCGUGGAAAAAGCCGUUCAGGAGGAGAACCCUGUCGCCGAGUCAAUUAUAGAACCGCCAGCCACAGAGGUCGACAGUGAAGAUGCGGGUGCUGCUCCUGAUAUCCAGCCAUCAAUAGAGGACCACGACCUCGAAGAUGCUGAGCAUCUAGACGAUGACAUCGAUAUCCAAGUAGACCUGGAUGACGACCACCGUGAAAUACCUCUGCAGCCUGUCAAGAACGUCGAAGCCUCUGCCGUUGAUCAAAUCGCGCCUCCAACUGGCCCAAAAGCGCAGGCACGCGAGCAAUUCAACCCGGACCUUGAUAUGGGUGGAAUGGAUUUUCAGAACAUGAUGAAUGGCAUGAACAACAUGGACAUGAAUCAAAUGAUGCAGAUGAUGGCAGCCAAUGGAAUGGGAAGUUUCAAUCCAAUGAUGGGGAUGCCUAUGGGGAUGAGUCCAAUGUCGGCCGGUAUGUUUGGCAGUUUUGGAGGUCCGAAGGGCAUGAAUGGAAUGAAUGCUAUGAACAUGGGAAUGAACUUCAAUCCAAAUCAAGGCAUGUUCUGGAAUAAUCAAAACAACAGUAUGUGGCAGAAUAAUAAUGCAAACGCAUUUCCGAAUGCCAUGGGCGGUGACUUUGGCCCAAACUAUGGUUUCAAUGUCGACUUCCAACAAUCAUACUCCAAUGGUGAUUUCCAAACUGGUUAUUAUCGUGGCUAUGGCCGUGGCCGCGGUCGGGGCCGUGGAGGUUACGGUAGAGGUCGUGGUAACUUCUAUCAGUAUUCUCAAUUUCAGCAGCAACAGGGAUUCUAUAAUGGCCCCGAUCAACGAAGUGCAAGGUCUAUGACAACCGAGGAUCGUCCCAACGAUACUGCAAGCGAUCAGAAAAACGGCGACAAGCUCGAUGAUACAACACACGAAGACGCCGAAUUCGCCCCGGGUGGCCAAGACGAGGUCCAAGAAGCUCUUGGAGAAGAUUAUCAGAAGCAGCCGAUCGAGGAGAAGCAGACUGAGGAUGUGGCUGCCGCUGCAGAUGGCACUGUCCCGCAAGUUGUUGACCAUGAACAGAAAAACGGGGGCAAGGACCCAGCACAAAGCGAAGAAUAUGCACCUAUUGAGACAUUCGAGUCGAGAACAGAGGAGCACAGAAACGCCAACGGGAGUGCUGAGAUGCCAAUCCCGGAAGCUUACAGUGAAGAUCUUAAAGGACCCAUGCCCCCUCCAUCUGCGCCUCUAGGUCCAUCAGCCCAAUAUGGGGGUCGAGGUCAUGGUAGAUUUUCGUCCCGUGGUCGUGGAUCAAUGUCCAUGCCGAAUGGGCAUUUUGCUCCGUCAGUAAAGCCAUUCACCGCCCCCACUGAGCCAAAAGGGGUUGGUAUUGUAGGUGCGCCAACAGGUCCUAGAGCGAUGCGUGAGCCUCCUGCAGCUGCUCCGGCGCCCUCGAGGCCAGAUUCACGUGCGUCGGGCGGAGGUUUCCAGAUUAUGGGCAGAGCGUCCAAGGCGCAAACACCGCGGUCACGGUCUCGUGAGAGCGCAAGGAUCUCAAACCGAGACAUUGAGGGUGAUGCUACUGAGGAUCGCUCCAGGAGACCGUCGAGACAAGACAGCUACGCCAACUCAAGGCAUGAUGCCGAUGAACAAGACUACCACGACCAUCGCGAUAAAGACAAGCGAUAUAGCAAGUCGAAUGGGGCUGGCUAUGAUGACUAUGAACGAGACUACCAAGAUGUAUCUCGCUCGGGCUCCAUUGACCGCAAAACAUCGAAGCGGAGUCGUGAUGAUCAGGACAAGAUAUCGAAGCACCGAUCGUCAAGAUCCAGACGGUACGAUGAAGUCGAUGGCAACGGCGACUACGAAAUGGAAGAUCACGAGGAUCACUACGCCGAAAGCAGGAGUAAACACCGAAGCAGCAAGUCGUCAAAGUACGAUGAGCGAGAACGCGAGCGAGAUCAGUAUCGACGCGAGAAAGGUCGCGAGCGAGAACGGGAUAGGGAUAGAGAUCGGGACCGAGACCGGGACCGAGACCGAGACAGUCAUUUGGACCGAGAUGGCAAACCACGCGAACGGGACGGUGAUAAAGACAAGGAUCGUGACCGCAAACGAUCCCGACAUGAUCGACAUCGUGAAGACGAGAAGAAUCACAACUAUGACUAUGACUACGAGCACGAGGCACAGGAUCAAGAGUCACGACAUCGUUCGCGGCGGCACAAAAAGGACCAUCGUCGUGAUGUGGACGACGGGGAUGACCAUGGUACGGCUACGAGUACGAACGAGCGCUCAUCACGUCGGUCGACACCUUCAGUACAGCAUGCCAACGCGGAGCCGGAGAAGGAUCCUCAUACUCUAGAACGGGAGGCGAGAAAUCGUGAGCGAAUGCUGAAGGAGCAACAACGGCGCGAGAAGGCUGCAAAAGCAGGCGGCGGUGGUAGUGGCAGUGGCGGUGGCGGGCGGAGAGUGACGUACAAAUAUGAAGACGAAAUCGAGAGGGGACUAAUGGAAGGUGAGAGGGCGACUGCACGGUGGAGAUGA